AUUAACUCCAUUUUCUUCUCGGCGAUGAGGGGGUUCUGCAGGCUUUCACUUACUAUGCGUUUGCAUGGUGGUGAAGAAGCAGGUAUAUGUAUAUCAGACAAUUCCUUUGAAGGGAAUCUUGUGAUAAUCAGCAAUUCUCUUCCAUCAUCGAGCACACACACUCCAUCAUAACACACAUCCACCAGUGAUAUCGCAAUCCAGAUAUAAAUUGUACCCAGCCAACAAUCACAUUUUCUCACUCCAAAUUCCACAUAAUUGCAAUGGCAUCAAAUAAUUCCGGAGCCGGAAAGACGGUGCUUGUUACUGGCGCUAGUGGAUACGUUGGUGCUGAACUCUUGAACUCUCUUCUCUCAAGAGGUUACAACGUCAAGGCCGCUGUACGAAAAGACUCAUCGGCCGACAAAAUCAAGAAUUCACACAGCAAAUACGCUAGUCAACUUUCGUUUGCAAUCGUUAAGGAUCUACAAACCCCAGGUGGACACGACGAAGCCGUCAAAGGCGUCGAGGGAGUAAGUCAUUCCGUGAAUCAAUUUUCUAUUUUGGACUAACAACCACCAGGUCUUCCACCUCGCAUCUCCAUUCGUCUUGGAGGUCAAGGAUAAUGCAACUGACCUUCUCGAUCCCGCCAUCAAUGGAACCGUAGAACUCCUAAAGUCCAUUCAUAAAAACAACCCCAACGUCAAGAGAGUCGUUCUCACUUCCUCAUUUGCCUCCAUCCUUGAUAUGAGCAAGGGCAAUCGCCCAGGCUAUGUCUACACAGAGACCGACUGGAACCCAUGCACCUACGAGGAAGCGGCCGACAACAACACACCCGGUGCAGUCUCCUACUGUGCAUCCAAAGCACUCGCCGAGAAAGCAGCAUGGGACUACAUCCGCGACAACACGCCAACCUUCAGCAUGACAGCCAUGUGUCCACCCAUGGUUUACGGUCCCAGCAGUACUCUCUUCCCAGGCUUCGCGCACCUCAACACCUCUUCGGCAGACAUCUACCGUCUCUUCAACGGAAGCUCCCAGGAGGUCCCCGAGACCACGUUCUAUGGAUGGGUUGACGUGCGGGAUUUGGCGGAGGCAGAGGUUCGGGCGUAUGAAUCUGAUAUGGCGGCGGGUCAGCGGUAUCUUACUGCCUCGAGUGGUUUCACGUAUCAGCAGAUUGUGGAUAUCAUCCGUGAGGAGUUCCCUGAGAAGAAGAAGUCGACCCCGGUUGGACGGGCGAAUGAACCUUUCCCGGUGGUUUAUCAUCCUUCGAAUGAGAAGGUGAAGAGGGAACUUGGGUUGGAGUUUAGGAAUUUGAGGACUACGAUUGUGGAUAUGGUUAAUCAGAUGAUUGGUUAUGAGAAGGAGGCUGGUAAAGCUUGAUGUGCUUUUCUUUACCUUUUGCUCGCCUUUCCUUGGUGUUCGAGGGGUAUUUUGGAGGCAAAACGACUGAAACUUUGGAGGAGCUUUAUGAGUUUGUGGAUAAAUUGACUGGGCUUUCCCCGAGGAGCAUUUUCUUGGAGCCGGAUGACAAAAUAAUUGAUCUUUUUUUUCUUAAAAAUCUACGUGGUCGUUUUUGAAAUUUGAGAUGUGAG